UCAGUAACGGAAUAAUACAAGAAGAAGAAGAAGAAGAAGAAGAAGAAGAAGAAGAAGAACCACUAUAGCAACGAUUAAACAAAGAUGGCGGUGACAGCUACUGUGUUGUUUGUCUUGUUUACUGUAGUCACUACAAACAAAAAUACAACGAGUAACAACUUAAACACAAAGGUUGGUGACCAGAACGUCACAUAUAACUUUAUGGAAAAUUAUACAACUACACAGCCUACGGAGUUUGACUCAACAAGCCCAACACCGAGCUCCAGCAGCACAGAGGAGCCGGUUCAGCCGACCGUGCCCGCCAAGCCCCUGCCCGCCUCCGGCCGCCUACUCACUCCUGUCACUAACGUUGACAGUGUGUGUCCCUGUGACAAGCACAAGGAUGUGUGUGACAUCAACUGCUGCUGUGACAGAGUGUGUAGUGAGGAGGUGGCUCUGUUCCCCAGCUGCUCAGUGGACAAAAUCAGUGGCAAAAAGAUGCUGUGCAGUCGCCAUGUAGCGUCCUACUCUUUAGGGAGCACAAUGGAUGGCUACUCAGAGCUACAGUCGUCUGUCCGGAAGGAGACUAAUUAUGACAUCUUCUGCAUCCAGUCACAGAACCGUGUUGAUGGAUUAUCUCAUCCAUCUCCUGCUCUUCCAACUGACAGCAGCUUUGACUCACUCUUUAAAGAAUUGACCAGCUUUAUUUUUGGCUCAGAGGAGACCAGUGGUCAGGUGUCCUCUGCAGAGCUCCAGGCCUCGUCUGGAUACCAGUAUGGGGAUGUGAUGAUGACAGCAGGAGAGAGAGGGAUGUUCAUGCUGCCAGCUGCUGCUGUUACUGCUGACUGUAUAGACAACAGCCCUGCAGCGUUCUUAAAGGAUCAGAGCAGUGGGUGUUCCCGCCAUGUGAUCCUGGAGCAGGACUGCGGCGCUCUGCCGGCCCUCAGCAUGGACACCUACACAAACAUCCAGAUCUUUGCUGGGAAGAAUAAAGAUGCAGAACUGGAGGUUGUUCCUGUGGAGGUGGCUUCUGUCGUACUGCAGUCUGUAGAUGGGACUCAGACAGAGCUAAAGAUCAGUGGUGGAGGAAACGUCAACCCUGUUCUCCUGAACCCAAGCCUCUGUGCUCAUGUGGUGCUGAAGGUUGUCUAUAUGAUGAAGUACAACCCAGCUGGUGAGAUUGUGAAUGUGUCGGUGUCUCUGCUGCUUGGAUUUGUCCGGGAAGGAGAACUGUCGCUGGAACAGAAGUUUCAUAUCACAUUUGUCCAGGAGGAUGGGGAGGAGGUGGCCGUCCACUACAGUGGAAAUCCAGGUUAUGUGGUUGGACUACCUCUUGUGUCUGGAACAAGAAUAGCAGAAGGGUUUGCUCGAAGCAUGGACCCCAGAGACACAUUGUCUCUUCUCCACAGUGCUGAGGACCAGGACUGCCUGCAGGGAACACAUCAGCGCUCUCCUGUCCUCUUCGCUCUGGACUCUGUAUCUGGCUGCACAUUAAGACUGGAGGAUACUGCCAACUGCUCCCUGGUCUUUCAGCUGCUUUUGGAUGUUCUGAGAGGACCAAACCAUGCCCAGUAUGUGGCUUCUUUUGGUAACUCCCCGUUAGACUCUCCUAUCGACUGGGUGCCAAUCAAAAACAACUUCAAUCCUGGGGAAGCACACAUUUGCAGCAUCCCGUUGUCACUUCAUUUAGAAAUUGAAUGGAUUAAAUAUGGAUCCUUGGUGAACCCCCAAGCUCAGAUUGUGAGCAUCACAGAAGUAAUACAAACCAACACCACCAGAUUGGAUGUGUUGUCUGGAAGCAGUAGCACCUUGUCCAUCAUGAGCUCAGUGGCCUUCAUACCAGUCUCUUCUACUGCACUUCCUGGUUACAGAGCCACACCCACCAUUAAUGGCAAACUACCCUUUGACUUCUUCUUCCCUUUUGUCUGACUUUCUUCCCUCUAGUCUGACUCUUCUUCCCUCUAGUCUGACUCUUCUUCCUUUUGUCUGACUCUUCUUCCCUCUAGUCUGACUCUUCUUCCUUUUGUCUGACUCUUCUUCCCUCUAGUCUGACUCUUCUUCCUUUUGUCUGACUCUUCUUCCCUCUAGUCUGACUCUUCUUCCUUUUGUCUGACUCUUCUUCCCUCUAGUCUGACCCUUCUUCCUUUUGUCUGACUCUUCUUCCCUCUAGUCUGACUCUUCUUCCUUUUGUCUGACUCUUCUUCCCUCUAGUCUGACCCUUCUUCCUUUUGUCUGACUCUUCUUCCCUCUAGUUAGACUCUUCUUCCCUCUAGUCUGACUCUUCUUCCCUUUUGUCCGAACAAUCCAUGUGGGAUCCAUUCGCUUGGUAACAUUAACAUGUGAAUAAUGUACUGUAAAUAGGAUGUUUGUAAAGAGUUUAUUGAACAAAUGUUUUGUAUUAAUAAAUGAAAUCACUUCA